AUGGAGCAGCUAUGUUCUCGGUUCCCACGUCGGAUUUUGGCCAGUAGAAGCAGUGGCACAGAGGUUGUAAGUACGAAGAGAAGAAGCGGCGAGAAUAGAGAAGAUAGCGGUGCGGUGAGCAAGAAAAGCUUCAAAAGGGUAGCAGAGUCUUCAGAAUCCUGUAGACAAUUAGGUGCCCAAAAAAAAGGGCCGGCGAGUGUGCGUGCUCUGCAUCAGAACGGAGACCCAUUAGGGAAGAGGGAUUUGGGUAAAGGAGUGGUGCAAUGGAUAUGCCAGGGCAUGAGAGUAAUGGCUUUGGAUUUUGCCAUAGCGGAGAUGCAGGGGGGAUUUUCGGAGCUCAAACAGCGAAUGGGGCCUGGUUUGACAUUGAUUUCGAAUUGGAGAGAAACUGAGUCAUGGAAGCAGCUCAAGGAACUUGCCAAUUCAGCUCAGCACAGAGCCAUUAAAAGGAAGACUAUCCGAUCGAAGUCUGUUCGUGGUGUUCUUGGACUGGACCUGGAGAAAGUCAAAGCCAUUCAGAACAAAAUUGAUGAAUUUACCAACCAUUUGUCGAAUCUGCUGCGUGUAGAAUUUAGAAAGGAUGCAGAACUGGAAUUUAGUCAAUUUACACAGGAGGAGCUGAAUGCUAUUCUUUAUUUCUUUUCAUGA